UUUUUAUCAAUUCUUUUAGUUUUUGCAUAGUUUUUAACGACGUUAAACAAUAAAAUUAUCAAUUAUUAAAUUAUAAUAAUUAACAAUUAGUGAAUAAUUAUUUAACUUAAAAUGUCAACUAAUACGUAUUUACUAUCAGUUCCUGUGAAACGUGCAUCAGAUGUAAAUAUAGUUAAACCGUUGAAAAAUCUUAUUUCUUCACAUUAUAAUUCAUCUGAUAAUCCUGAAGAUUACACGGAAGCUAUUAAUGAAUUAAGUAAGCUCCGUAAUCAAGCUUUGUGGAAAGUCUUGGAUAAAUAUGAUAAUUCAUUGGAACUGAUUUACAGUUACUAUGAUCAAAUAACAGCAUUGGAAGCUAAAGUGCCUCCUACAGAAGUUCAGAUUCCUUUCAAAUGGAAAGAUGCUUUUAAUAAAAUGACUUCAUUCUUUGCCAAUGGAAAAGUUAAUCUGACCUUAAGUUCCAUUGGUUAUGAAAAAGUUUGUGUGUUAUUCAAUAUAGCUGCUCAACAGAGUGCUGUAGCAGCUACACAAAAUUUUGAAAGUGAUGAAGGAUUAAAACUUGCUGCAAAAUAUCUUCAACAAAGUGCUGGAAUUUUUAAUACACUGAAAACAACUGUUAUGAGUGUUAUUCAACAAGAUCCAACUCCUGAUUUAAACCCAGAUAUGUUAGCUAUGUUGUCUACACUUAUGCUAGCACAAGCUCAAGAAAUGUUUGUUCUAAAAGCAAAUAUAGACAAGAUGAAAGACCAGUCAAUUGCUAAACUGUGUUCUCAAUGUGAAGAAUACUAUUGUGAAACUGUAAAAUUAAUGGAAAAAGAAUCUGUUUUAAUGUCAUUGGAUAAAGAAUGGACAUCAUGUAUUUUAGCCAAACAAGCAAUUUUUCAAGGAUUGACUCAAUUUCAUCAAUCUAUGGUUUGCAAAAAUAAUAAAUCUAUUGGUGAACAAAUAGCAAGACUAAAUGAAGCAAUUAAUUAUCUAAAACUUGGUCAGAGUCGCUGUGGUCGGUCAAUUUAUCAAGGGCAAUAUAACAAGGCUCAACAAGAACUAGCUGAAGCAAAAAAAGACAAUGAUUUUAUUUAUCAUGAACGAAUUCCAGAAGUAAAAAAUUUAGAGCCAGUUGCAAAAGCUACUAUUGCUAAGCCUACACCCGUACCUUCAAAAUUAUCAUCUAAAUUUAAAGAUUUGUUUGAAAAUUUAGUGCCCGUAUCUGUACAGCAGGCAUUAAGUACAUAUGAUGUUAGGAAAACUGAAUUAGUGAAUACUGAAAUUGGAAAACUUAGAGAAGCUACUCAAAUUCUCAACGGGUGUUUAGCAUCUCUUAAUUUACCAGCAGCAUUAGAAGAUGUCAAAGGUGUUGGAAUACCUCAAUCUCUUAUUGAAAAAUCAAAUAGUGUGCGUAUGAAUGGUGGCAUUCAAAAGCUUGAAACAUUGAUUAGAGAAUUACCAGAGUUGUUAAAGCGAAAUGAAGAAAUUAUCAAUGAAUCUGAAAGAAUGCUUAACGAAGAACAAGAAUCAGAUGAUCAACUUCAAGCACAAUUUAAAGAAAAAUGGAAUCGAACUAAGUCUAGUACUCUUACUCAAGUAUUUAGAGUAAAUAUUACUAAAUAUCGAGAAAUAAUUAAAAAUGCCACAUCUGCUGAUAAGAUGAUACGUGAGAAAUUUGAUUCCCAAAAACGAGCUAUUCACUUAUUAUCAGAAGGUCAAGAAGCAAUUCAAAGUGUUCUGCCAGCUGCAUCAAAUUCUGGAGUAAAUUUUGCAAACUCCACUGCAGCUGAUAAAUUAAGACAUUUAAUGGAAGAGGUGGAAAUAAUGAAAAAUGAAAGAGAUGUGAUUGAGACCGAGUUGAAAUGUGCGUCAACUGAUAUGAAAUCUAAAUUUCUAAAUGCUUUGGCUGAAGAAGGUACUAUAAAUGAAGGAAAUCUUUCAACUGAAAGCUUAGAUCAGUCUUAUGCUCAUUUACAAAUACAAGUUCGAGACAGUCUUAUAAGACAAGAAACUCUUUUGUCACAUAUUCAGGUUGUUAAUACAGAAUUCUGCAAAGAAAAAAGUAGCGGAGGCCAAAGAGAAGCUCUUUUUAAAGAUUUAGCUGCUGGUUAUGAUGUUUUUAAUGAAUUACAAAACAAUUUAAUGGAAGGCACUAAAUUUUAUAAUGAUUUAACUGAGAUACUUAUAACUGCUCAAAAUAAAAUAUCAGAUUUCUGCUUUGCAAGGAAAGCUGAAAAAGAAGAAUUAUUGAAAAGUUUGACUAAAAAUUUAAGUCAAGAAACACCUGUUACUGUCCCCCCAUCAAAUCAAACUUUCCAAACUGGUACAGCUCCCUUAAACCUAAGUUCUUCUAUAGCUAGUCAACAACUUCCUUAUCCAAUGCAGCCACAAGGUAUGCCAUUACCAUACACAUUACCAAGAACAGGUCCAUAUCCUGGAUACAUGCCUCCUAUGCCAACUGCAUAUAAUCCAUAUGCAACUUUACCUUAUCCUCAACAAAAUUACCAGAAUUACCCGUCUCAAAGUCAGCAACUUCAGUAUCCACAAUAUCCUCAAUAUCCACCACAAAACCCACAGCAACCCCCUGCACAAUGGUAAAUAAUUUUUAAAUGUUUUUUGCUAAGAAAAAUUUCAAUUUUUAUGUAUUUUUAAUAAUUGUUAUUAGACUUAAAUAAGUUAAUAUAAAUAUAUUAUAUAUUUUUUUUU